UUUAUCCACACAUUACCAACAACCAGUUCAAGUGAUGUGAGAAUUUUCCAAAUGCAGUGACUUCCAUUCUUAAGUUGGCAAUGCAGCAAAUAUGACACACAAAGUGUUCAACAACAUAUUGGUUCUGCUGAUUAGGCUGUACCUGCUUACACUCACAACGAUAGAAACGCUUACAAGUCUAAACCAUGAUAUUCGUUUGUCUUAUAUAACGGUAAUGGUGUCAAUUAAGGGACAUUUAAAGGCUAAGAACAACUAUUGGUUUGCACGAGUUCUUAAAUAUCUGUAUCUACUUAUGGUUAUUUAAAGCCCAUUUGGUUUAUAGCUAUUUGAGUUUACAUACAUAGUUGGUUGAUGCCCUUCUACGUUGGUACAUCUCACACAAUAGUUUAAUGGCAAUGAGGCUACAACCAACAGCAACAUGUAAGGUCUUUUUCUUGUGAAAGUGACCUGGUAAAUUACUUCUGGAUCUUCCCACAUGUAAAUAAGUGAUUUGAACACUGUGUCCAUUUGUUGUUAUGUUACCCCAUACAGAUGACUAGCUUUUGCAUCAGCUGUAACAACAGGCCAUGUUGUGAUUACCUACUGGGGACACUGCUCCUUUUGUCCUGUUACUCCUGCCCCCCUUACCCCGGCCUGUGUGUGCAGGACUAUAAAUUGAACUUUGGCCUGUACGAAAAAUAUGUGGACAACAUGUGGCAUGGUGGAGUGGCCACCAUUGAGUCCUGUCCAGGCGCUGAGGUGUGGGGAGUGAUUUGGACUUUGAGCAACGAAAACCUCCCGAGCCUAGACAACCAGGAAGGGGUAAAUAAGGGGUUGUACUCCCCUCUUGAAGUUUCAGUAGAGACUGACGAAGGACUGGUGAUGUGCAGGACUUAUCAGAUGAACAAUUUCCACGCCUGCCCUCCCUCGCCUCAGUACAAACAGGUGGUGUGUUUGGGUGCCGAACAGAACGGACUCCCGGUGGAUUACCUGAAGACGCUGCAGGCCAUUGAAACCAACAACUACAGUGGCCCCUCAAUCCUUGAUCAAAUCAGAACAGUCACAAAGUAGAGGUGGAACGUUCACAUUCAUUAUUCUAUACGCAGAAUCGAAAAAUACAGAAUACCUUUUAGGUUCACAACUUCCCUUACCAAAAGUUUGUGAAGCUGUCUCUCGAAGUCUUUAAUAUGACUAUAAUCAUGAUACUAAAAUAAGGAUUAUAAAAGGUAUGUAAUGGCAAAAACUGUGAGAUUUGUUUAAGACUGUGGAAAAAGUUAGUAGCUGCAUCCUGAGAUUUUUAUGUCCAAAUACUACUUCAGUCAAACUGAAUCAGAUAUGAAAAUGAAUCAGCACCACAAUGUGGCCAGAAGGUGGUGAUGUAUUCACUCAAUAGUAUCCUUAUUCAAUGCUGCUGUUUUUAAACAAUUCAUGUAUUUUAUUCCAUCACAAUGGAAGAUAACAUGUCACUGGGAAAAUUGUUUAUAUUUGAGGAUUUCUCAGGGGAGUAUUAAAAACUGAUUAAAAAAACA